AUGUCCGAAACCGCCCCAUACAACCGGGACCCGGAGCACACAGGCCGUGGUCCCAUAUCCGGUCCGGCUCCGAGCCGUAUCUCGAGUACCAUCCCGAAAUCCAAGUCUUUGUUUCGAUCCGUACCUUUUCAGAUUCUCGCCGCUUGUGGCGUCUCCUUCACGGCCCCUGGCAUGUGGGAUGCCUUGGGUGGGCUCGGUGCCGGCGGCGCAGCCGAACCGUACGCUGUGAGCGCAGCCAACGCUCUUGUGUACGGCCUUUUCGCGGUUGUUUGUGUCGCUGCGGGCGCCAUCAACAACCGCAUCGGUCUACCGUACGGGCUAGCUUUAGGUGCCAUAGGCUAUCCGCUCUAUGGUGCCGGCUUGUAUACGAACAACGUCAGUGCCAACACUUGGUUCAUGUUGUUUGGUAGCGCCCUCUGCGGCAUCUCUGCUGGCUUUUUUUGGGCAGCUGAGGCCGCCAUUAUCAUCGGCUAUCCUUCUCCUGGAGACCGAGCAUUCUAUCUCGCCGUCUGGCAGACAGCUAAGGCCGCGGGCCCCAUCGUUGGCGGUGCCAUCAACCUAGGCUUGAACGCCAACCGGAAGACUACGGGUUCCGUCUCGUCAUCGACUUAUAUUGUCUUUAUUAUAAUCAUGUGUUUUGGUCUCCCCAUUGCACUGUGUUUGUCACCUGCCAAUAAAGUCUGGCGCAAGGACGGAACUGUCAUCAACACGCCGAGAGCUCCAAGUUGGGGGGCCGAGUUUAAGGCCGUCGGAAAACUGUUCUCCAGUCGCAGAGUUUUGCUUCUACUGCCAGCCUUCUUCAUUAGUUACUUCUAUAAUGGUUUCAUGAGCACCUGGCUCGCGACAUAUUUCACCGUUCGCUCUAGGGCUUUUGCCAGUUUCUUCACCAACUUCGCGGGCAUCUUCAGCUCCUUCAUCAUCGCCACGCUGCUGGACAAUCAGAAAAUCCACAUCAAGAGCCGUGGCCGGAUUGCCUUCAUCUCCAUCAUUGUCAUGCUGGUCGGCACAUGGGUGUGGGCCACCAUACUGCAGAAGCAGAUUUAUGACGCGAGUGAGCCGCCUGUCUACGAUUGGUUUCACGGCGGAUUUGGAAGGAGCUACGCCCUCGUCUUCUUCUGGCAAUUUGGUGGUCAGGCCUUUCAACAAUUCUUGUACUGGCUUGUCGGCCAGUAUGCGACGGACCUUUCAGACUUGAGCCGUCACACUGGCAUCCUUAGAGGCACAGAGGCUUUGGGUCAAACCGUUGCUUGGGCGAUGCAAUCUGAGGGCAACGCCAAUCAUUUUGUCAGCAUUGGCCUCAAUUUUGGUAUCACAGUUCUCUGUGUCUUCCCCACCUGGCUGGUGCUGUCUGCGCUUGAGGGAAGCCAUGAGGACAACGAAACCAAUGCCGGAGUCAAUGUAGUAGGUGACACUGUCGAAGAGGAGAUCGGACCAAAGGCAGUGGCCAAGUAA